AGUUAAUGGCGGUUAAGCCGGUUGCUCUGCAUUACACGGCACCUCUGCCGAUUCAGAAUUAGCAUGGAAAGUUUGGAUCAUCAGCCCAGGGUGUGCGAAGCGCGCAGGUGGAUAUCGGGGAUUCGUUACCUUUUAGAAAUGCAGCAUUGUUAUUGUACAAAUGAGUUGGAGAAAGCAGGCUACAGCGGUCCUGGCACCGGCGGAUCGAAAUCUAAGCGAGAGCAAGAAAGCCUGGUUAUUAGUAAAUACGGCCUCGUCUUUCUCAUCUUCAUCUGACACGAGCUGCUGGGUUCGUGCAUGUUUUGAUCAGUAGGGUAUUUGUGUUUGGCUAAAUACGCAUGUUAUCGACAUUGACAGUCUCCGCCUGGGGCGGCGUCGUUCAUCAUAUC